CACUGAUUGGCAUUGAUAGGUGGCACUGACUGGCACUGAUAGGUGGCACUGAAAGGCAGCUCAGAUGGGCACUGAUAUGUGGCAUUGAUGUGCACUGGUAGGCACUGAUAUGUGGCAUUGAUGUGGCACUGAUGGGCAUUGGCACGAGGCACUGAUGAGCACUGACACAAGGAACUGAUGGACACUGACAGGUUGCACUGCUGGGACUACACUGAUCCGGCUCUCCUCUCCUCUCGAGUUGUCAGCGUGACAGCUCGAGAGGAGAGAAAUGCUGAUAACCGGCAUUUCCCUUUUUAUAUGUGAUC